AUGGCAUCUUCUUCUCAUUAUCACUACCAUAACGAUGACGAUGAUGAAGAUUAUGUUAAUGAUUACGUUGAAGAUUAUGUUAAUGAUUACGUUCAAAACUUUGAUGAAGAACCAAAAAAGCGGAAGCAACGUAUUUAUAUGGAGAGGUUCCGAGAAGACGGCCACCAGAAGCUCUGGAAUGAUUACUUUAGCGAGACUCCAACUUACAAUCCCGAGUUAUUCCGCCGACGGUUCCGAAUGAACAAAUCUUUGUUCCUGCGUAUUGUACAACGUCUCGAAACCAACAUACCGUAUUUUCAACAAGGAACCGAUUGUACCGGACGGUCUAGUCUAACACCCCUACAAAAAUGUACUGCAGCAAUCCGACAGUUGGCUUAUGGCGGUGCAGCUGAUUCGCUUGAUGAGUAUGUCCGGCUUGCUGAAACGACAGCUCGGAAAUCUUUGCACAAAUUUACCGCCGGAAUAAUCAGCUUGUUUGGUGAUGAAUACCUACGCCAACCGACACAAGAGGAUCUGCAAAGACUUCUCUAUAUUGGAGACCAACGUGGGUUUCCGGGGAUGAUUGGCAGCAUCGACUUGAGAAACAUUCGUUAUUUGCUAAAACCCAAGAAGCUGUUCGAAAAGAUGUCGAGCGUGCCUUCGGAGUUCUGCAAGCUAGAUUUGCCGUAG